AUGGCUUCAACAGCUAAGGACCGUUUAUCGAAGUUAGCCUCACACUUUACACCUUCUUCCUCCUCUCCAACUGUCGCAGACAACACCGAAUUGAACAUCGAUGGCCGAAUCAGGGGCACUACAAGCUGGUACAACCACCACACUCUGUCGCCAACCUUCUUCCUACCUCGCGCUGCUCAAAUAGAACCUGAAGCACCAGCUAUCUACCACCGCACUGCAAACAACCGCAUUCUGAGGCGCACGUACAAGGACUUUGCUGACCGCUCGAGUGCGUUUGCAUACUACCUGAAGAAGAAAGGCUACAAAAGAGUGGGACUGCUCUUAACCAACACGCCUGCCUUUCUCUAUGCAACAUUCGGAGCUGGUGCCGCUGGCGCAGUGGUCAUCGCAAUCAAUUACAGACUUAAGAAGGACGACAUAGGUUAUAUGUUCAACCACUCCGAUGCAGACCUUGUGAUCGUAGACCGAGAAUAUGUGGAUUUGCUAGGUGACUUUCGCAAAGCGAAGCCAAACGUGCCAAUCUUGAUAGACGACGAUGAGGUUGACCCAAACACAGAAGAGGAGCUCGGCGCAUUCGGUGACGCCCUACGUGAAGGUUCAUCCUAUGAUCGUCAGACCGGUUCCCACGGUUGGGAUGGUCUGGAAGCGCAAGCUCCUGACGAGUUGGCUGUCAACGCUCUUGCAUACACAUCUGGGACAACCGCCCGACCUAAGGGUGUCGAGUAUACUCAUCGUGGCUGUUACCUUGGUGCAGUUGGCAACGUGAUUGAAAGUGGUUUAAGCUACCACGGUACUGAUCGUUGCAGAUAUUUGUGGACGUUGCCAAUGUUUCAUGCUAUGGGAUGGACAUUCCCAUGGGCAGUGACAGCUGCAAGAGGGACGCACUACUGCCUUAGGAAGAUUGACUAUCCAUAUAUAUGGAAGCUGUUGAAAGAGGAACACAUAACUCACUUUUGUGCUGCUCCAACAGUGAACACUCUACUUUGCGCUGAUAGCAAUGCAACGAAGUUGCCAAAUCCUGUACGGGUCACCGUUGCUGCUUCACCACCAACAGCACAUUUGUUCGAGGUAAUGACGAAUGUCAACCUGCAUCCUGUGCAUGUCUACGGGUUGACCGAGACUUAUGGCCCUAUCACGAAGGGCUAUCAGCUUGGUAGCUGGUGGGACCUAGCUGACAAGGAGCGUUAUGGCAAGAUGGCACGACAAGGUCACGGCUUUGUCACUUCCUUACCUGUACGAGUCAUCAAGACGGGCGAUGAUGUGCCCGAGGGACAUAUAGAAGACGUCAAGAAAGACGGGAAAGAGAUGGGCGAAAUUAUCUUUACUGGCAAUAUCUGCGUAAGGGGUUACUACAAAGACGAAUCCGCAACAAGAAAACUUUUCGCAGGUGGUGCUCUGCAUAGUGGUGACUUGGCCGUCUGGCAUGCAGAUGGGGCCAUCCAAAUCCUCGAUCGAGCCAAAGAUAUUAUCAUAUCGGGUGGUGAGAACAUAUCCUCGGUUGCCCUAGAAAGCAUUAUCGCUACCCAUCCAGACAUCCUAGAGUGUGGCAUUGCUGGUAUCCAGGACGAAAAAUGGGGUGAAUGUCCAAAGGCUUUCAUCACUGUCAAACAGGGCAAGAACAUAACCCAGGAAUCCUUCAUCCAGUGGUGUAAGGACCACCCGGCAAUGGGAAGGUUUAUGGUACCGAAGGAAGUCGAGAUUGUCCAAGAGCUUCCCAAGACAAGUACAGGGAAGAUUAGGAAGAAUAUUCUUAGGGAGUGGGCGAAAGGUAAAAGGGAUCAGGGUGGAGAGUAA